GUGAAGAGAGCAUGAUCACAUUCAGUGGGUUGGAUAGCUGUGUACUGCGUGGCACCACUGUACUGCGUGGCACCACUGCGUUGUGACCAACAACGAUGUGCAGUUAAAACAGUGGUUCAUACUUCAUGACUAUAAUCUAGGCGAACGAGCCAAUGACCGCGUUCACUGCGAGGGCGACGGUUGAUAGCAUGCCGACUUGGAAGGCAAUGGUUCGGGGAAGGAAUACAGCGUUCGCAAAUGCAAUCGAGUGAACAAUGCGGCUCACAGUGAAGACAACAAACAGGACGCUGGUGGCGGUGCCGUUGCCUCCCGCCACAAUCGACACCCACGCCAUGAUGAUACCAAACGGCAAGUUUUCCAGAUCGUUGCCAACGAUGCGACCCCAUCGCGCUUCUUUGGCCUUGGCUGCUUCGACUUUCUCGUCGGACGUUUCAGGAAUGAACGCUCGUUGCUGUGGGGCCGUCGUAGCCGCAAACGCCAUGUCUUCAGGUGGACGUGUGGCUGUCUUAAACUUGGAGCCACCUUGGAUCCGUAGCGAUGCGGACGUCGGAGAUCGAGACGGGCAUGUGUGGAGGCGAGUGAUCGAAGGUUAAUGAGGAUGCCGUGGCAUGAUUUGUGGAACCGACUUCCAAGGACUUCGCCAACAAGAUUAUAGAUAUUGCAUCAUUUAUUACGCUCGCUUCAAAUACUGG